AUGAUCAUCUCCAGCGGUCAUAAUCAUCGCCAUAUUCAUCACUAUCAUUUCUACGCUAAGAACCCUAACAACAACAGCGGCCAUCCUUUUGUCUUGGUUGGAGUCACCACUACCGUUAUCGAAUCCUAUGCUCCUGAUCCGCCAAUAGUAACCAACGCUGGAAUCCCUCCUCCUCCUCUUACAAUUACUACUACUGCUUCAGCUCAUCCUAUUUUUCCACCACCCAUUGCCUCUGGGUUCCCUUGUCUUCAUGGCUUUCCACCACCACCACCAAUACCUUCUGUUGUUUCCACUGGUAUCCCUUCUCGUCAUCUCCUUCCUCCUCCUGACCAUCAUCCUUCUCUCAAAUCAAUAUGGAAAGGGAACCAUGAAGAACAAACAAGUCGUGAGGCACCAUCACAAAUGUCUUUGCAUCUCUUUGACCGUUCUUCUACACCAUCGAAUAUUCCAUCAUUGCUUCCCACCAUGUCGAAUAGAAUGCUUACAACGAGUGAACCAGAAUUCCCUUUUCCUAGUCGUACACAACCUUGUAUCCUUUGA